AUGCUUGAAUCUGGGCUGCGCACUGCUUCCAGAGCGGCGAGGUUUGCCAGGGGGCCCGAGCGAAUCUGGGUAUGUUCGCCAUGUCGAAACGCGCUUCUGCGGAAAUCGCAAUCACAAUCGCAAUCGCAAUCGCGCGGCCUCAGCACGGCGCCGUCGCGAGAUCCCGACAAGAAGCCAUUUUAUGUUACCACGCCGAUAUUCUACGUCAAUGCCGCUCCCCAUGUGGGCCAUCUGUAUACCAUGAUACUCGCGGACGUUUUGAAACGGUGGCAGAUUCUGCUUGGGAAUACGGACGCGAAGCUCCUUACGGGCACGGAUGAGCAUGGCUUGAAGAUUCAACAAGCUGCAGCGGCACUUGGGGUGACGCCGCAAGCGCUAUGCGACCAGAACUGCAAAACGUUCCAGGUAUGUGUGAUUCGAAGAAGUGGGGAUGGACUGUUAUGGCAAUUGGGGCGGGCUGACGCUCAGGAUUUGGAUUUGAAGAAUCUUGCUAGGAAGGGGAAUGUGGGCUACGAUCACUUUAUACGGACGACGGACGCAGAGCACAAGGAGGCGGUGCGAUACUUUUGGGACAUGCUUAACCACCGCGGCUAUAUUUAUACGUCGAAGCAUGAAGGAUGGUAUUCUGUCAGCGACGAGGCGUUCUACCCCCCCUCAGCCGUCCAGCCGACCCUAGACCCGUCCACGGGGCGCAAAAUCAUUACGUCUAUAGAAACCGGGAAGGAAGUGCAGUGGGCCUCGGAGGAGAACUACCAUUUCCGGCUCUCUGCUUUCCAGGAGCCGCUGCUCGAGCAUUUCAGGAAGAACCCCGACUUCAUCACGCCGAGGAACUACAUGGACGGCAUUGUCAGCGCUGUCACGUCGGGAUUGCAAGACCUGUCAAUAUCGAGACCCGCCAGCAGGCUGAAGUGGGGGAUCCCUGUGCCAUACGACGAGUCGCAGGUCAUCUACGUCUGGCUGGAUGCACUGGUGAACUACAUCACGUAUGCGGGAUAUCCGUUCCCGCCCGGCGCGCAGUCGAUAUGGCCGGCGGAUGUGCAGGUGGUUGGGAAAGAUAUACUCCGGUGA